GCUCGCCGUGAACACAUACAUUGCUGCUGUUCUCUCGGUUCUGUUCGGAAGCAAAGAUUCACGUUCGUGAACAUUGUCUAGGAAGACAAGUUUGAAGCUUAAUAGCCAUCGAGUUAUACACGAUGACUUGGCCAGUGAUCGAGACAGUUGGAUUAGCAGUUACUUUAUUGGUCCUGCUGUAUUAUUACUCGAAAUCGAAAUUAGAGUAUUGGCAUAAACGAGGCAUCAAAGGACCAAAGCCGUUACCUUUUGUUGGCAACUUCAAGGAUGUAUAUCUGGGAAAAGCCUGCGUAAACGAAUGUUUCGAGAAAGCGUACUACAAGUUUAGAGAUGAGCCAGUGGUUGGACUGUACGUUGGACACAAGCCAUUGCUGUUACUGAGGGAUCCGGAUAUUAUUAAGACUGUUCUCAUUAAAGAUUUCCCAGUAUUUGUUGACAGGACGUUCCACUCUCUGCCAUCGGUGGAGCCACUAUCGGAGCAUCUCUUCCUACUGGAAGCAUCAAAAUGGAGGCCCCUAAGAGCCAGACUUUCGCCCGUUUUCACCUCCGGCAAGCUGAAGGAGAUGUUUCACUUGCUGGUAGAGUGCGCGGACCACUUUGAAACGUAUCUGGACAACUUAGUGAAGAAGGGCGAGUUCAUCGAGUGCCGUGACAUCGCUGCGAAAUACACCACCGACGUGAUCGGUUCCUGCGCCUUUGGCAUCGAGAUGAACUCAUUGGCUCCUGAAGACAGCGAGUUCCGUCGGAUGGGCAAGAUGGUCUUCCAAACGAGCUUCAAAUCGAUGAUGAGGGACAGACUGAGGGAUUUCCCGUGGUUGUACAAGAUCUUUGGACCAUUCACUAUCGAUCGACAGGUCGACGAUUUUUUCACGAGGAUCACCAAGGAGUCUAUAGACUACAGGAUCAAGAACAACGUGCGUAGAUGCGAUUUUGUGGACACUCUGGUGGACCUAAAGGAACAUCCGGAGAAACUUGGACAGGAAUUUGCAGACGAUACGUUCUUAGCGGCGCAGGCCUUCGUUUUCUUUGCUGCUGGAUUUGAAACGUCAUCACUGACGAUUGGCCAUUUAUUAAUCGAGCUUGCGAAAAGCCCAUCGAUUCAGGAGAGAGUUCGAGCAGAAGUUUUGGAAGUUCUGGCAAAACACAAUGGCGUGAUCACGUAUGACAGUAUAAAGGAAAUGAAAUAUUUGGAUGCAUGUUUCCAAGAAACUUUGAGAAAGGAUCCACUGUUGAUGUGGCUAUCGAGAAAAGCUUUACGGGAUUACACGUUCCCCGGAACAAAAAUUAGCAUAGAGAAGGGCCAACAAGUCUACUUGCCGGUUCGCGGGAUUCAAAGAGAUCCGGAAAUUUAUCCAGACCCGGAUAAGUUUGAUCCUGAGAGAUUCACCAAUGAGCAAGCCAAAACCAGACAUCCUAUGUUCUACUUGCCAUUUGGGGAUGGACCCAGAAAUUGCAUAGGUGCAAGAUUUGCAAGAUAUCAAUCAAAGGUGGCACUCAUCACUGUCUUAUCGAAAUUCAGAAUCGAGGAAUGCGAGAAAACCUUUAAAGAAUAUGACAUAGACAAGAAGUCAUUGUUCUUCCUGCAGCCAACACACGGAUUGUACGUGAAGAUGACUAGGCUCGAGGCAUAAAAAUCCUUAUGUUUUACUUAUUUGUAAUGAAACUGGCGAUAUAAUGAAAAUAGUGAAAACGAUGGUAUUUUACUUAUCUGUCUCUGACUUGGCAUUAUGCAACAUAUCAUUAGCUACCAAUGUUUGUUAAAACGGGUUUUCACGUGGUAUAGUUUUAAUUGACAGCAGAAUUCAUACAUACAUGAAUAUUAUUAUACGAUUAUAUUAGGUUUGCAGAUUUUAACGCAUACAACUGUCUUGUGCACACUGAGAUCUAUGUAAUGCUUGAAAUGACAGUAAUUAUUUAUUUAUGGAAUAGUUUACUAUACCUGAUCAAUCCUACAGGGUCAUGAAAAUAAAUGUAGUUUCUGCAUA